AUAUGGAUGAUAUCUUUAUCCUUUAUGAGGAAAUUAAAUGGACAGGAACAAAACUUGGUAAAGGAUCAGCAGUUAAACAAUUCAGUAGGAAUGACAUUAAAGAAAUAAUUGAAGAACUUAAAAAACAUAAAAAUCUUCGAUCUGAAUAUAUAAUUGAGUUCUGUGGUGUGGUGAGGUCCCCAAAUGACGAAACGUUUUUGGUCACAAAAUUUGCUGAAAAGGGAAGUUUACGUGAUUACCUUGAAAAAAAUGAGCAUGAUUGGAACAUAAAAGCCAAAAUGGCAGUCGAUAUCGCAAAUGGCUUGAUGGAGUGCCAUAAAAAUGGAAUCGUACACUCUGACCUUAAAGCAGAUAAUAUUUUAGUAGAUAAACAUUUGAUAUUAAAGAUUGCUGACUUUGGUUUAAGUACUACAAAAGAGGCGUUAAGCAUUGGGGAACAAGCUGGGGGAGCUCUUAAAUGGAGGGCACCUGAACGUAUUGCUUAUAACCCCAAACCAUUUAAAAAGUUCGAAGAUGAUUCAAGAUUUUCAAAACUACUUAAAAAUGAAGCAUUGGCAAAACAUUAUAAAGAUCAGCCGCAGCUUUCAGUUCGUGAAGAUAUUAAUGAUUUAGAUGAGAUUCUUGAGCAAAAAGAUGCCCCCGGUAAAUUGAAACAUGUUAUCAAGAGAUGUUGUAAAUUUGAUCCAAACAAACGUAUUAGCUUUGAAGAAGUUGUUAUUGAACUACAAAAUAAGUUUAGAAAUAUA